GAUGCAUGUGGAGUCCUUCGAGAACAUUCUCUCUACGGGGGGGGGGGGAACCCUUUCUUCUCCCCCCCACCCCAGGCCCGGGGAAGGAUAACUCUGCCCAGGAUCGCCGUGGCCCAGAGGUGGUGUACAGAGGAAUCCCGACGACACGAGUCAGGGGAUGCGCACACUCUCCCACCCACCCACGAGGCGGACAGUUCCCUCACCCACGUCCCAAGAGCUCCACGGCUGCGUUUGGUCUCCCUCCAGCUCCGGGACCUCCCGAAGAUUCCUUAUCUUAUUACAUGGCAGGAGGGGUUGAUAAAGUUAGGAAUAGUGAAGACAACUUAUUAAUCAAGAGCUUUCCUCAUACCUCAGAACCCGUCCUCAGAAAGAAUGGCGGAUAAGGUUGACUGGUUACAAAGCCAAAAUGGAGUCUGCAAAGUUGAUGUCUAUUCCCCUGGAGACAGCCAACCCCAGGAAUGGAAAGUGAAUGAGUCAACAGAUCCUGUCCGAGUCCUUAGCUGGCUCCGCCGAGACUUGGAGAAGAGCACGGCAGGGCUCCAAGAUCUCCGGUUCAAGCCCGGUGAGUCCUCUCUGGGUGAGGAGCCAGCCAGCCCGGCGGACGUGCGCAAAGGUUUCUCCAUCGAUUACUACAGCACCACGGCCAAGGGCAGCCCGGGGCGGCUGCACUUCGAGAUGACGCACAAGGAGAACCCGCAGUGCCCCGGCACCCCGCUGGGCAACUCAAGCUCUGUGGACGAGGUCUCCUUCUACGCCAACCGCCUCACCAACCUCGUCAUCGCGAUGGCGCGCAAGGAGAUCAACGAGAAGAUCGACGGCUCGGAGAACAAGUGCGUGCACCAGUCGCUCUACCUGGGCGACGAGCCCGCGCCCACCAAGAGCCUCAGCACCAUCGCCUCGGAGCUGGUGGACGACACGGUCUUCGCGUGCUCCAAGACCGUGGCCCCCGACAAGGCCCCCGGCUCCGGAGACCGGGCCCUGGGGUCCUCGCGGAGCCCCCCGAACUUCAAAUACAAGAGCACUUUGAAGAUCAAGGAGAACAAAGGCCCCGAUGACAAGCCCUCGUCCAAGAAGUCGUUCUUCUACAAGGAAGUGUUCGAGUCUCGGAACGCGGGCGAUGCCCGCGAGGGGGGGCGGGCCUUGCCCGGAGACCGGAAGAUCUUCUCGGGCCGCGACAGGCCCGACGACUUCACGGCCUCCGUCAGCCAGGGCAUCAUGACCUACGCCAACAGCGUGGUGUCAGACAUGAUGGUGUCGAUCAUGAAGACGCUGCGCAUCCAGGUGAAGGACACGACGAUCGCCACCAUCCUGCUGAAGCAGGUGCUCAUCAAGCACGCCAAGGAGGUGGUGUCGGACCUCAUCGACUCGUUCAUGAAGAACCUGCACAACGUCACCGGCACCCUCAUGACCGACACCGACUUCAUCUCGGCUGUGAAGCGGAGCCUCUUCUCCCAGGGCAGCCAGAAGGCCACCGACAUCAUGGACGCCAUGAUGGGCAAGCUGUACAACGUGAUCUUCGCCAAGAAGUUCCCCGAGGGCGCGCGCAAGACCAAGGACAAGUGCGAGAGCUUCUCCAUGGUGUCCAUGAAGGGCCGGGGCGACCCGAAGGGGCGCAACAUGAACUUCAUGAAGUCCGAGGCCAAGAUCCGCGAGAGGAUGUACUCCACCUGCAAGCCAGAGAAGGAGAAGACGUGCAUGGAGACGCUGGGCGAGCACAUCAUCAAGCAGGGACUCACCAUGUGGCACAAGAACCAUCAGAAGGACUCCAAGUCGCCCACCACCGACCCGGCGGCCGCCACCCACCCCGAGCCGGGCCUGGCCGCUGACCCGCCCUUCGACUCCCCGGACGUGUGCGACCUGAGCCCCCCGCUGCCCUACCCCGAGAGCAUGGAGAACUUCAUGUGCGACGCCGACUCGUGGGGCAAAGACCUGAUCGUGUCGGCCCUGCUGCUCAUCCAGUACCACCUGGCACAGGGGGGCAGGAUGGACGCCCAGAGCUUCCUGGAAGCCGCCACCACCACCAACUUCCCCAACAGCGGGAGCCCCGACGAGAGCCGGCCCAACCCCCCGCCCCGGGUGUGCGACCAGGAGCAGGCCGAGAAGAAAGACCUCAUGAGCGUCAUCUUCAAUUUCAUCCGGAACCUUCUGGGCGAGACCAUCUUCAAGGGGGACCGCGGCUGCGCCUCCAAGGUCCCAGAGCAGCCAGCGAGGGAGGAGUGCCAGUGCGAGCGACCCCUGACCCCGUGCCCCACCAGGCUCUGCGACAACGAGGAGGUGGACGGCACCCUCUCGGGACUCACCAAGAUGGUGGCCAGCCAGCUGGACGGCCGCGCGCCCGGCCACAUGCUGGACCAUCUGGUCGACUCGGUGAUGAAGUUGUGCCUCAUCAUCGCCAAGUCCUGCGACUCGCCCUUGGCCGAGCUGGGAGAUGACAAAUCGGGCGACGCCAGCCGACCCACCUCGGCCUUGCCCGACAGCCUGUACGAGUGCCUGCCGGCCCGGGGCACGGGCACGGCCGAGGCCCUGCUGCAGAACGCCUACCAGGCCAUCCACAACGAGCUGCGGGGCGCCUACGGGCAGCUGCCCGAGGGCUGCGCCAUCCCCAGGGUCAUCGUGAGCAACCACAACCUCACGGACACCGUGCAGAACAAGCAGCUGCAGGCCGUGCUGCAGUGGGUGGCCGCCUCCGAGCUCAACGUCCCCAUCCUCUACUUCGCCGGCGACGAUGAAGGGAUCCAGGAGAAGCUGCUCCAGCUCUCGGCCGCCGCUGUGGAGAAAGGCCGCAGCGUCGGGGAGGUCCUGCAGUCCGUGCUGCGCUACGAGAAGGAGCGGCAGCUGGACGAGGCAGUGGGGAACGUCACCCGGCUGCAGCUGCUGGACUGGCUGAUGCUGAACCUGUGAUCAGCGCCCGGCCGCGGCCCCGCCCCGUCCUCGCCACGCCCCACCCCCAGAGCCCUACCCACGCCUAUCAGACGAGUCAUCUAAUGCUAGCCACUGGAUUUUGCAGAUUUUCCUGUCCAUGCGAGCAAGGACGAAAAAUUAAAAGAUUACAAUUAAAGGGCCCCGAGAGCCUGGUUUCCUUGGGGGUGCAGGGGUGGAGAGAGGAGAGAGUCGGACAGGUGCCCCUGAAGCCGCACCCAGGACCUGCUUCCGCCCUCGGGGCCAGGGAGCCAAGACAGCCAGCCACAGGGCAGGCCCGCUGGCGGACCCCUGGCCACAGCCGUGCUCCCAGCAGCCCCUGUAUGCAGCUUCCAUCCCCGUCCUCGGGUGUCUAGUCCCACUCGUGCUUGACCCUUUUUCUUUCUGGAAACUUCCUCACUUGGCUUCUAAUUGUUCUCCCACCUCGCGUACUCACUGUGGACACGCUCCCCCUUCCCCCAACUCAUCCAAACCCAUGCCUUUGGUUUCCUGCUCGUCACCUUUUGUGGUGUCACCUGGGUGUUUUCUCCAUGUUGUGUGUGGCCAGUUUCACGGGUCUAAACACAGUGAUGUGUGUGUGCAGUUGAGAGCUAGCACGUGGACAGGGUUGGAUCUGAGAGUUGUGGUUUGUCUUUGGCAUUGCUGGGGAGGGAUGUCUCUGGAAAACUGAGCUCCACCCUCUCCCAUCCUAUGCUCCACUGUGAAGCCCUCCCUCCAUCCCAGGCCUCUGGCCACGUCGGGCAGUGCACGUUUCAGUGCUGUCCUGACACGGCUGCAAGACAACUGUGUAUCUCGGCUGGAGGUUUUCAUGGCCUUGACUUAAGGGCCCAGUCUGUCAUCAGAAUUGGAGCUAACCAAAGAAGAGGAGGAGGACAGGAAGACAAAGCCAAACGCCACAGAUAAGAGGGAAUCUGAGUCCCUUGACAGUAUGAGGGCGUCACGAUCCUCUCCAAACAAGAGCAGUCACGGCAAGAAAAAAAUAAGAUGCUUUUAUUUAGAAUUCCUACAACAGUAUAUAUUUCAAACUACCUCCUAUACACACACACGUGUGCGCGCACACAGUACGUCCGUGCACACACAGUUCAGAUCCGUGGACGUCUACCCCCAUCCCACAUUAGCUGGCCAUUUUUCUUUUUGUAAAUAAACCUUUAUGUGUUAAAAACAACAACAAUGUGAAAUAUUGUACACUACAAGCGCUGCCUCUAAUCCAGUC